AUGGCUGCCGUGGCCUCUGUGCCGGGCCCGGCGUCGGCCUUGACUCCUCCCAGCAGCAGCCACGGCGAUGAAAACGGCUGGGACUAUUCUACCGUUGAUCCAGACCUAAUUGCCUCCCGUGACCAGAGUCAACUCCGUCAUCAUCCCACAACGUCCCACGAGCCGUCCCAACAAGCUUCUGCUUUUCCCGCACACGAUGCCCGUACCGCACCCAGAACAUACUCCCAAGACAUAACGGCACGCAAAAUGAGGUCCGCCGAUAACCUGCACAGCUCCAAGUGGCCCAAAUCCUCUGACUACCGGGGAGACCAGCUCCCCGGCCUUUCAGAGGAGGAAAAGGCUAAGAGCGACCAAUUCGUAUACAGCCAGGACCACUCCAAAUGGAUCCACAGAGACAAGCUGGCCAGAAUAGAGACGGAAGAGCUCCAGGCUGCCGGCUUCUUUAUACCGAAGGGAAGAUCUUCAAGCCGCACCGCACGCAGAACCGAAAGCCGCCUCAGCCAAAACGCCACCACCGAGCCCGAACCGAUUUUGAACCGUGCUAGAAAGGAUUCUGCUUCUCUUGAGCCGCCCUCGUCGCCGCCGAGCUGGGAUCUGCGAACCCCUCAGGAAAUCGCCGAAGCACAAACCACUUCGUACUUUACGAACAACGCUCUCACCGGGAGCACGCGUAUUCCUGUCGCCAAAAUCAGCCCAGCCCCAAUCCCCAUCGAGUUCCUCGAACAUGGCUCUCUUGCCGCCCGUCAAAACUCCGACGAGGACGACGACAGCCUCACAUACAAUAAGACGCGUUCGCGCAGCGCUAGUGCCGCAAUUAGAGAUUCCGGCAACGGUGUGCCAAACGGUCAACGCUCCACGACUGAUUCUUCACCAAAGAAGCACGCGCGCAAGAAUAGCAGCACCACGCCCACCAGACCUGGCACAAGAGGUAAGGAUUCUCCGAGCAGUGCUGGAUCCCGCCCGCCCACGCGAAAUGGACGAACUACAUCUCGAGCGAAGCACCCCGAGGGCGAGCCGCCAUGGAUGGCCAACACGUUUAAGCCCGAUCCUCGACUGCCGCCCGAUCAGCAGAUUCCUCCCUUUGUUGCCAAAAAAAUGGCUCAAGAGCAGAUGGAGAAGGAUGGCACAUUUGGUGACGCCUACGACAAGGAUUUCCGCCCUCUCAACACAAAUCCUCUGGGUCUGCCCAAGCCCAACGCUGAGCCCGAACAGGAAGGCGAGCCGGCAGAGGACGAGUGGCCGCUCAAGCCGGCUACGACGAACCGACCGCUCAUGCGGACUUGCUCCAUGUACUCGACCAUGCCCAAGAUAAUCGACAAGCCGCCAGGCACACCCGUACCUAGCCCACGCCCGGCCAAUACGGCCAUGAUGGGCCCGCCGCAAACUGCGCCGCCAAUAAAGCAAAUGCCGCUGGUUGAGCCCGAGGAUACUAAGAAAGGCGGCUGCGGCUGCUGUGUGGUCAUGUAA